UGAUCCCCUCCUCAGUCAGUCUGAUCCGUCCUGGUCGUGAGGGUCUCAAAGUCGCUCUGGCCCGUAUGCCGUCAUGUGUAGGCGACCUCGUUGACACCUUCAAGUUUCUUUUCCGAGGAGCACGCAGAUCGAAUCCAGGGGGCCCUGGCCUGGCUAACCCUGCUGGGCAUCUUCGUCGCCUUCCUUUCACCCGUGUUGUGGUUGUUGGGGGUGUGGCCACCGUUGGUCUUCGCGUGUCUCGCCUCCGCCUGCCUGUGUUCUUCCUCAAGGCCCGGCAAAAGGAGUGCUUCCGACGGCAGGGUUUCGUGGUGUUCGCUGGCUGUCUCUUCAAGGACAGGGGCGGAGAAGGCAGCGAAGAAUUGUCCCGAGUUGAAGGAAUCCACGUCCUGCAAUUGGAUGUGACCAACGACGACGACCUCAGGAAGGCCCAGGCCUACGUCAAGGAGAACUUGCCGCCUCUAGGACUCUGGGGGAUCGUGAACAACGCCGGGGCUUGCAAUUACGGCAAGGUGGAAUGGGUGCCCUUACACACCUUCAAGUGGGUGGCCGAGGUGAACCUCUGGGGCCCGGUCAGGAUCAUCAAGACCUUUCUUCCCCUCGUCCGUCGAGCCAAAGAGGAGCACGCAGAUCGAAUCCAGGGGGCCCUGGCCUGGCUAACCCUGCUGGGCAUCUUCGUCGCCUUCCUUUCACCCGUGUUGUGGUUGUUGGGGGUGUGGCCACCGUUGGUCUUCGCGUGUCUCGCCUCCGCCUGCCUCGCUGUGUUCUUCCUCAAGGCCCGGCAAAAGGUAUCUCCGAAUGGGAGAGGGGUGCUAAUAACAGGCUGCGACUCUGGUUUCGGUCACACUCUCGCCCUACACCUUCAUUCCUUGGAGUGCUUCCGACGGCAGGGUUUCGUGGUGUUCGCUGGCUGUCUCUUCAAGGACAGGGGCGGAGAAGGCAGCGAAGAAUUGUCCCGAGUUGAGGGAAUCCACGUCCUGCAAUUGGAUGUGACCAACGACGACGACCUCAGGAAGGCCCAGGCCUACGUCAAGGAGAACUUGCCGCCUCUAGGACUCUGGGGGAUCGUGAACAACGCCGGGGCUUGCAAUUACGGCAAGGUGGAAUGGGUGCCCUUACACACCUUCAAGUGGGUGGCCGAGGUGAACCUCUGGGGCCCGGUCAGGGUCAUCAAGACCUUUCUUCCCCUCGUCCGUCGAGCCAAAGGUCGCGUAGUGAACGUGACGAGUAUGCUGGGCCGCAUGGGAGGGACCCAAAGGGGAGCCUACGCCUUGACGAAGUACGGCCUGGAGGGCUUGUCCGACUGCCUCCGCUACGAGAUGAGGAGUUUCGGCGUGCAUGUCUGCAUUGUCGAGCCUGGCAACUUCCUCGCUGGUAAUAGCCGAAGGGGAAAUUCUCCAGAAUUGUACCAAUCAACGAAGAUCCUGACGGAAGAUCGGGUGACGAAACUCGCCGAGGAGAUGUGGGAGGGGAUGGACGCGGAAGUGAAGUCGGAUUACGGGAAGGAGGACUUCGAUCGGACCCUCCAGCUCCAGCUGUCCCUAUGUCGGUCGGGGUUGAAGGACCGCAGUCCGGUGAUCCGAGCGAUGACAUCGGCAUUGACGGACUCUCAUCCCCUGCCCCGCUACCAGGCGACCACUCUCUACUCCCGGAUCCGCUGCUUCGUCGCCACGCAUCUCCCCGAGAUCGUCUACGAAGUCCUGUACGAAAACCCCCAUCUUUGAUGUCCUUGAUGUCUGUCUACCUCCUAUCUCUCUUUGUCUAAUACAUAGCAGUGCAUAUUUCUUUUCGGUCGCAAUGAAAAUCCUCCAUUCCCCGCGAACUCGAGGACGAUUCCAUGGGAAAGGGUAUGAUGGUCGUGAACGCAAGAGUCGCGGCUUCGACCUCAUGAGAAUCGAGGCCUGCGACGAACAUGGUGAUUCAAAACAAGAGGACAAAACUUACGAGCAGGACCAUAAAUAAUGACUUAUCUAGAAGAAAACAGGAUGAACCAGUUGGAUGCGACGAGAUGAUCAGAAAAAAAUGUUGAAGAUAAAGAGAUUAGAAAUUGAUAUGAAAAUCAAAGGAGGUCAUUCCUUCCAUCCACUGUCAUGAACGGUGCCAGGAGCUGCUCCAUCACCGCUGAGAAAGGAAUUGGAUCCCUGUCGGCUCCCUUCAAGCGAUUCCUCUAUCUCUCCCUUUCCGUGUUUUCCCUCCGAGAGACAGGAAAGCGAAAGGAGGAUCGCGUCGCCUCGGAUGGGCAUUGUCGCGGAUCCUCGUCGUCGGUCCGAAGUGAGAGCCCGUUCAGUUUCGGUUUUCGCGAGGUCGGUGCUCAGUGGGUCGGCAGGAGCAUGGUCGUUAGAUAUUCUUGUUUUUGGUGGUGGCAGGGGCAUCAUGUCCGAGGCAAUUCGUACCGACACGCAUAAGUUGCUUCAGGCAGGUCAUGUGUUUAUAAUAGAGGAGAAACCUAACGUUAAGAGCCGCAUGCAAUUCGGAAGUCUAGGAAGCUAUCAAUUGGCUCUAAAUUGGUUAAAAUCAGCUGCACGCGACGGUCAUCAAUCAGUAUCAGGCAUGUGAGAGAACAUCUGUCACAUGCCUUAUACUGAUAGCUUCCCCAAAGUAACUGCCUUAGACUCUACAGGUUUUGCGGACGAAUCCGAAACCCCUCUUAUGGCAGAACUGCCUGAGGUAUCUUCUUUGAUUGGGUCUGGCUGGAUCACACCAGGGUUGAAACGCGAGAAAAAGUUUUUUUUUUUCUUAUGCAGCCUCAAUGGGCUCAGUUACUUUUUUCCCUGAACGAGCCUCAAGGUUGGCAAGCCGUUCAAAUUUCCCCUCGGAUGCGGGACAAGACAUUAAUCGGGCGCGGGUCCUCAAAGCGAGCCCGUGCAGGACUCUAGUUCUCUGAGAAGCCUUAUAUGGCAGCCCCCGCAGCCCAGAGAAGACGAUCUACGCGGUGCCCUUAAAGCCAUAUGUUUACUCCCCUAAGGGCACAAGACAUCCGAAGUACGCCCGCAGUAUAUUCCCACAUCCGAUUGCCGUAUGGCGGAUGUGCGUCCGAUGUCUUGGGCCACCGGGGUUAUUUUCUAUUUCGAUGCUAUUGGAGUAGGUCCUCGUGUAGUUCCCAGUAAGGGCAAGGUCACAUCAGGUCACAGUUGGCUACAGGAUGAGGUGCAUUAUUUCGUAGAUCCAAGUCUGCAGUCAGAAUUUCGCCCAAAUUUGAAGAUGAUUGACCGGCUGCUUAGGCCUAGGACGAUUUCCAGGUGAGCACCACUCGCGUGAGACGAGGAAAUCCGCAAAGGCUUGGAUUCCAGGUAUAAGCCUAGGCCUUGACAUGGGCAUCAUGAAGCGUGUCGGACAUCAACCAAAGCAGCAUAUCUUUUUCCUGAAAGCCUCGAGAAAGGCUUCGUUCUAGGCCUAUCAGGUCUAUUCUCUGUCAAAGCAAAUUACCGCCUAGUUUCUCACUUUACGCCGUCUUUGGUCCAAUGAGCCCGACUGCCGUUUCUCAGGGGACUCUGGCUCCGCUUUUCGAUGGUUCUUUCGGGCGACAGCAUUCCUGACGCCUCAGUGUCAGGAAUGCGUCAGGAAUGCAGUCGCCCGAAAUCUGAGUCGAACUCCACGGAAGACCUUCGCGCGACAAAAAGCGCUCGGUCUUGGACUUUCAUCGACGCGUUUUCAUGAAACCGACUCGAUACGGAAAAAAGAAAACCUAUUUCAUUCCCUCGACAAAAACAGGUAUUAUGCCUCUGCCUAGCCUGCCAUAGGCAAAUGAGGAAUUGUCGGCACGAUAUGCAGUUUCUUGAAAGGUCCGAAUGACUGGAGCACCAGUUGAAGCAUGCAAAUAGAAUCAAGAUCCCUAUGAAUUCGACCUCGAGUGCUCGAGCUUUAGAGGGAAAUUAAAGUACCAGAAUACGACUGUGUUGGAGUGGAGAAGGAUAUGGCGACCGUCUUGGAAGAGCACGCAGACCGAAUCCAGGUAGCCCUGGCUUGGCUAACCCUGCUGGGCAUCUUCGUCGCUUUCCUUUCACCCGUGCUGUGGCUGUUGGGGGUGUGGCCGCCUUGGGCCUUCGUCUGUCUCGCCUCCGUCUGCCUCGCUAUUGUCUUACUAAGGGCCCGACGAAAGAUAUCACCAGAUGGAAGAGGAGUGCUAAUAACUGGCUGCGACUCUGGUUUCGGUCAUUCCCUUGCCCUACAUCUUCAUUCCUUGGGUUUCGUGGUGUUCGCUGGCUGUCUCUUAAAGAACAAGGGUGGGGAAGGCAGCAAGGAAUUGUCCCGAGUUGAGGGAAUCCACGUCCUGCAACUGGAUGUCACCAACGACGACGACCUCAGGAAGACCCUGGCCUACGUCAAGAAGAAUUUGCCGUCCCUAGGACUCUGGGGGAUCGUCAACAACGCCGGAGUAUUCAGUUACGGGAAGGUGGAAUGGACAUCUUUGGACACCUUCAAGUGGUUGGCCGAGGUGAACCUCUGGGGCACGGUCAGGGUCAUCAAGGCGUUCCUUCCCCUCGUCCGUCGAACGAAAGGUCGGGUGGUGAACGUGGCGAGUGUGUUGGGCCGCAUGGGAGCGGCCCAAGGCGGAGCUUACGCCCUGACCAAGCACGGCCUCGAGGGCUUGUCCGACUGCCUCCGCCACGAGAUGAGGAGGUUCGGCGUGCAUGUCUGCAUCAUCGAACCUGGCAACUUCUCCGCUGCCACGAAGAUCCUGUCGGAGGAGCAGGUGAUGAAACUCGCUGAGGAGAUGUGGGACGGGAUGGACGCAGAAGUGAAGUCGGAUUACGGGAAGGAGGACUUCGAUCGGACCAUCCAGCUCCAGUUGUACUUCUGUCGAUUGGGGAUGAAGGACAGCAGUCCGGUGAUCCGAGCGAUGACGUCGGCAUUGACAGACACUCACCCCCUGCCCCGCUACCAGGCGAACCCUCUCUA